CAACGGCCUCCUUUAUCGACCAACUACACCAGCCAACCAAAACAAGUGCGCCGUCAAUCCAUCCCGAUUACACCGCCGGAGAUCAUUUAUUCGUCUUUUCAUGUCAUAAUUCGAACUCGACUACGGACCCAAUGUCUUCGAACCCGCUGGAGACGGGAUCGGAUUUUGCCAUUCAGAAUAAGGGCCCCUGGGGGACUACUACUGCAACUAUUUUACUGUCGGUAACAGGCGUGGUAGUCGUCGCGAGGAUGUACAGUAGGGCAAUUAUCAUGAGGUUUGUGGGUGGGGAUGAUUAUUGUAUUUUGUGUGCAAUGGUGAACUUUUAACCACCGAAUGGUUUUGUUUUGAGAAUCUGGAAGGGAGCAGCGGCUGAUUGUUAUUGGUGUGGAUGUUGCAGGCUACAGCUAUUGCAUUGACUAUACUAUUGUGCAAGAGUAUGUUCACUAGAGGAAUCGGGGCGGUUGGAAAUAAUGGUGGACUGACUCUGAGUGGCAAACAGGUGCCGAAUAUGGAGCUGGGAAGCAUGUAGCGGAGCUUCCAAAGGAUAAUGUGCUCCAAAUUAUUAAGGUCUUCCGCACUUUCCCACACCCUGAAAAUGAAAAGAGAACUCCAAAAAGCUAAGACACGUUUACUUCCUCAGAUAGGAUACAGCAUGCAAAUCCUGUACGUGGUCGUAAUGACCUUCACGAAAGCCUCCCUUCUCCUCCUGCUCAUACGGCUGGUCCAGAACCGCGGGAUGUCAAUAGUGGUAUGGUCGAUUUUCGGAUUCAUGGGCGCAUUUGCUAUGGCCAGUUUCUGGGCCUCAGUCUUUCACUGCACGCCACCAUCGUAUGCUUGGGAGCAGAUGGACCGAGAAAGUCUUGAGGGCAGCUGUGGAAAUUUAAAGGCUCAGCAGUAUUGGGUGCCGGCCGGGAGUAUUGUGAUGGACUUCAUCCUGUGGCUGCUACCGCUGAAGUUGAUAUACCCAUUGAAGCUUCCGAGAGCGCAGAAGAUCGGCUUGUAUAUGGUGUUUAUAUUGGGCGCAAUGUAGGGAUUUUAAGCAUUUAUUCUCAUUUUAUUUUUAGAGGGACGGUUGCUUAUGUACGUGUGAUGUGCAGGGUGUUUAUUUCAGCUUCUGUAAGGAUAUCGCUGAUCCUCGCGCUGAGUACCUUCGGACCUAAUACGGAAGAUCCGACCUGGACAACUUAUCAGAUCAAUCUUUGGUCGAUGUGCGUUCUACUCUCGUUCCCCGUCCAUUCCCCACCUCCCGCGAGGUCACGGCUGACAUAAAGUGAAUCAAAAAAAAGUGUCGAAGCAACUGUCGGAAUAAUAUGCAGCUCCUUACCAACCCUUCGACCCCUCUUCAAGAGACACUUUCCCUUCGUCUUUGACCUGUUAUCCAGGGUUUUUGAUGGACGGGACGGGACCUGGAAUCAAAGCUCUUUCCGUACAUCUGCCCCGGUGAUGGAAAUCGCCGCUCACUCACCUUCCAAGUGGCCAUUCCCGUUCCGCUCCCCCUUAGACUCAGCAUUUAGUUCUACAGAUCUAUUCCCUGACCCAAACGCGAGUGCCCAGGGCCUUGAUAUUGAUCUCGAAGCCAGUAUAGAAAGCUGUAGCGAAAAGGGGUCCCGGAGCAUCAUGCUUGAGAUGGACAUAGCAGACGUAGUCCUUGAUCAGGGGUCAGGUAAAUUCGGACCUAUCGAUAUCCCAAGGGCCGGUUCUAGUUCAAAUUCAAGUUCUCGUUAGGAAGCAUGUCCAUUCUCUCGGUUUAUCGCACACGGCGUUUUUUUUCCAUUGUACAACUCUCACGACACCUUAGACGGCUUUAUUUUGCCUCGCAUGGUUUUCAGUGCAUCGAGCAUUAGUUAUUCAUGUCCUUUCUUUCGUUUAUUAUUUACUUCCUUUCCUCCAUGUAUAUACCACAGGUUCGGCGCACAGGAGUAAUAUUGGUAUAUGGUACUUGACUGAAUAUAUAGGAGGUUAUUUUUCGGGAACCUUUAAUAAUUCGUGGGGAAAAACACCUAUUGCCCC